GGGGCCGCGACCACCAUGGCGGGGCCCGGCUGGGCGCCCCCGCGCCUCGACGGCUUCAUCCUCACCGAGCGGCUGGGCAGCGGCACGUACGCCACGGUGUACAAGGCCUACGGCAAGAAAGACACCCGGGAGGUGGUAGCCAUCAAGUGUGUGAGCAAAAAGAGUCUGAACAAGGCAUCAGUGGAAAACCUGCUGACCGAAAUCGAGAUCCUCAAGGCUAUUCGGCACCCCCACAUCGUGGAGCUAAAGGACUUCCAGUGGGACAGUGACAACAUCUACCUCAUCAUGGAAUUCUGUGCCGGGGGCGAUCUGUCCCGCUUCAUCCGCACCCGCCGAAUCCUGCCAGAGAAGGUGGCCCGCAUCUUCCUGCAGCAGUUGGCCAGUGCCCUUCAGUUUCUGCAUGGCCGUAAUAUCUCUCACCUGGAUCUGAAGCCACAGAACAUUCUGCUGAGCUCCCUGGAGAAGCCUCACCUCAAACUGGCAGACUUUGGCUUUGCACAGCACAUGUCCCCAUGGGAUGAGAAGCACGUGCUCCGAGGUUCCCCUCUCUACAUGGCCCCCGAGAUGGUGUGUCGGCGGCAGUACGAUGCCCGGGUGGACCUCUGGUCUGUUGGCGUCAUCCUGUAUGAGGCUCUUUUCGGCCAGCCGCCUUUUGCCUCCAAGUCGUUCACAGAACUGGAGGAGAAGAUCCGUAGCAACCAAGUGAUUGAGCUCCCCACUCGGCCCCAGCUCUCUCGGAACUGCCGAGACCUCCUCCAGCAGCUCCUGGAGCGGGACCCCGACAGGCGCAUCUCUUUCAAGGAAUUCUUCAAUCAUCCCUUUGUAGACCUUGAGCAUAUGCCAAGUGUCCAGAGCCUAGAGCAGGCGACUGCCCUGGUUGUGGAUGCUGUGAAGAAGGACCAGGAAGGAGAUUUCUCGUCUGCCCUGUCUCUCUACUGCAAAGCUCUAGACUACUUCAUUCCAGCCUUACACUAUGAAGUGGAUGCCAGACGCAAGGAGGCGAUAAAGGCGAAGGUGGGACAAUACGUGUCAAGGGCUGAGGAGCUCAAAGCCCUGGUCAAUUCCUCCAACCGGGCCCUUCUCCAGCAGGGCACCUGUGCCCAAGACCUUCUCAAAGAAAUGGCCAGAGACAAGCCACGACUUGUGGCUGCCCUGGAGGUGGCUUCGGUGGCUAUGGCCAAGGAGGAGGAGGGCCAGGACGAUGGAGAUGCCCUGGACCUGUACCAGCAGAGCCUCGGGGAACUGCUCUUGCUCUUAGCAGCUGAACCUACUGGGAGGAGGCGGGAGCUGUUACAUGCCGAGAUCCAGACCCUGAUGGGGCGAGCAGAGUACCUGAAAGAGCAAAUCAAGAUGAAGGAGACCCGAUUGGAAGCUGAGUCGGUGGACAAAGAUGGGCUGUCCGAGUCUGUCCGAAGCUCCUGUACUCUCCAGUGACCUGUGGGCCUGAUCUCUGGAGUCCUGUCACCAGAUGCAAGCCUUGAGGAGGGUGGCAGGGGGAAAGGGCAGAGAAAUGUAGCCUUCUGGGAGAUCAGGGUACAAACCAUCCUGGGGAGAGUGGUCCUGUGAGGGAGGGACUCUGGGAUUCUACCUCCUACCCCCAGAAAGGGAGAUUAAGGGCCCCAUUUCUGACCAACAAGGUCCUUCUGUCUGCUGGAGUUCCUAAUCUCAUUCUUGUGUUCCCCCUAAGGGGAUUCCCUGGAAGAAGAGGGUUCUGGAAUCAUGACUCCAUCCUCUCCUGCCACUUUGGCUAACACUGGGUGCUUCCUUUGCUGAGUGGGCUGAGUUCUCUGGCAGUUAUUUCUAAGCAUGGCUGGGGGACUUCUCUAUUACUGCCCCCCUCCAUUUCUUUUCCCCUGUCACUCCCCAAACCCACUGGAAGGGCAGAGAUGCUUAACUGGUGAUUGUCCCCUUGACAUUUUUCUCCUUUGACCUGGAGGUCUUUUAUUUAGGAAACUGACUGAGGCCUAGUGGACUGGGCCACACUUCCUGGCCGUGGCUAAACUGAUCCUCCCAGAAUCGGGGAGAAUGAAACUGACCUCACUUUUCUGACCCAGGAACCCUUCUCAUAGUUAAAGAGGGGGCCUUGUUGUUUCAUUCAAACAUGCUUUCCUAAACAGGGUGUGGAGCCCUCUAUAUAACACCUGGUUGUGGCGCACCCAUCACUAACCUGGCUUUGCCUAGCCAGGCCUCUCUUCCUAGCUGUGUGCUAAAUCCUCAUCCUUGGACCCUUCCCUCUGGACUUUCCUAGCUGGCACUCAUGGCCAUUAGCCAGAGUCAGUGUGCACUGAGAUCCCCACUCAGGGUCCCCUUUCCCAGUCCCCUUGGAAUCAGACCAUCCUUCCCAAACAGCUAGGUGUAUUAGCUGUGUCAGAGACAAUCUUGGUUUAACAAAAUAAUAAUCCUUUAAACUUGAAACCUCAUCUAUACUUACUGGGGGAAGUCAGUUCAGCGGCACGUAUGUGGUGGUAGAGGAAGUGACCAGGAGAUGGCAGACUGAUUUUUUUAAAUCGGAUCCCAUCCCUGGGAAGCAAGGGAUCGGUGUGGGGAAGAGGGGACACGCUCUCCCAAGCCUGGAAUGCAUCACUUCCCCACCCCAAAUCCAUUGCAUGGAUAAAGGAUGUAGGCUUUGGGGCUGCUUAGGGCUGCAGAGAUUGAAGGUGGCUGUUUGUGGGGCUGGUUGGUUUCUGUCUGAAUGGCUUCCAGAUGCAGUUAAACUAGUCCAGGCACAGGAGUCAAGAAACCCACCCUUGGUUGGCUUCAAGAUCUCCAGCAAGGCCUUUUGGACUUCAGUUUGCUUGUCUGUGAAAUGGGAGUGAUUCUCAGUAUAUGCUACCCUUCUCCCCUGACAGGACUGUUAAAAAAAAUUGAAUGAGAUGAAAAUGCCUGGAGAAUACAAAAUGCUUUGCUAGUGAGAGGCAGCAUCACAUUCCUUUGGGUUGGUUUAAAAACAAAACAGAACCAAGCCCUGGAGAGAGUUCUGUGAUGAUAAUAUUUAGAUGGUGUUUGAAAGUUUCCAAAAGGCUGUAUACAUAUUACCUUGUUUGAUCCUCACAACAAUCAGUGAGGUAGGUGCUAUUUUCACUCCCAUUUCGUAGAUAAGGAAAACUGAGUCAGAGAGAGGUAGUGACUUAACCUGGGGUCACGUAGCUAGUAAGUAUCUAUGCCAGAAUUGCCCUCCCAUCCACAGUCUGGUUAAAGAGAAUAUGCUUUACUGUUUUCUCAAUUAAAUUAUUUUCUAAAGUCA